CCGGGUCUGCUAGUGGCACGCGAAGGGGAGUCGUGGUGGCGCUGUGCUGCAGUCUCCUGGUCUCCGAUCCUUGUGCGCGCUGUGCACUUGGGGAUCGGUCUAUUACCUCCCUGCUACCCCCAAGUCUCUCAGUCCCUGACUUUGGCCCUGGAAGGCUCUAGCCAGGAGCUGGGCGCGGCGCCUUGUCAAUUGCAAAACCCUCUCUCGGCUAAAGCGGCGUCCUGUGCUGAAGUUUCCAAGGGCUAUCAAUGACAAAUGAGGACUUACUGUACUGGGUACUGCUUAGGAUGAAUAUUAUUUGGAGAAAUUCCACUUCCUGUCUAAGGCUAAGAAAGGUGCCACACAGAUGCCAAGGUGGGCACCGCCCAGUAGUCCCUCUUGGAUCAAGGAUUUUAACUGACCCAGCCAAAGUUUUUGAAUACAACAUGUGCUGUGUAAAAAAAAAAAAAGCAACAUCUAUGAAGUGUAGUAAAGUGAAGCACAGUGAAAUGAGGGAUCACAUGCAGUGGUCUAAAGAAGAAGAAGAAACAGCCAGAAAAAAAGUAAAAGAAAACUCAGCUGUGCGGGUCCUUCUGGAAGAGCAAGUUAAGUAUGAGAAUGACGCUAGUAAAUACUGGGACACAUUUUACAAAAUUCAUAAGAAUAAGUUUUUCAAAGAUCGCAAUUGGCUGUUGAGAGAAUUUCCUGAAAUUCUUCCAGUUGAUCAAGAAACUAAAGAGAAGGUGGGAGAAUCAUCAUGGGAUCAUUUAGAAACUAAGACUGCAUAUUGUUCCUCAAGAAUGCACUGCUCUACUAUGCCUGAAGAAAAAUAUCAUUGUAAGAAAAGUUCUGGCCCUUCAGAUGGUAAAAGCAACUUAGACUCUGAACACAGAAAAGGAGCUCUGAAGACUGAAUUGUUUCCUGGUAGCAAUGCCACUUUCAGAAUACUAGAGGUCGGCUGUGGGGCUGGAAAUAGUGUUUUUCCAAUUCUGAACACCUUGCGGAACAUUCCGGAGUCCUUUCUUUAUUGUUGUGAUUUUGCUUCAGGAGCUGUGGAGCUGGUUAAGUCGCACUCGUCCUACAGAGCAGCCCAGUGCUCUGCCUUUGUUCAUGAUAUAUGUGACGGCGGCCUACCCUACCCCUUUCCAGAUGGCACCCUGGAUGUCAUUCUCCUGGUCUUUGUGCUCUCUGCUAUUCAUCCUGACAGGAUGCAGGGUGUUGUAAACCGACUGUCCAAAUUACUGAAACCUGGAGGAAUGCUGUUAUUUCGGGACUAUGGAAGAUAUGAUAAGACUCAGCUUCGUUUUAAAAAAGGACAUUGUUUAUCUGAAAAUUUUUACGUUCGAGGAGAUGGUACCAGAGCAUAUUUCUUCACAAAAGGGGAAGUCCACGAUAUGUUCUGCAAGGCCGGUUUAGAUGAAAAGCAAAAUCUGGUUGAUCGUCGCUUACAAGUUAAUAGGAAAAAACAAGUGAAAAUGCACCGAGUGUGGGUUCAAGGCAAAUUCCAGAAACCACUGCACUGGACUCAAAAUAGCUCCAAAUUGGCAUUUUCACUCCUUUCUCAUAAUUGAACUGUGUACCAUGUUAAAGUGCAAAACCAGAGGACUACGUUAUUCAAAAACUCCUACAAAAUCUUUCAUUUCCCUAAAGACAGUAACAAGAAAAGUAUUCAUGGGUGAGCUCUUUUGUACAUUUUAAUCACAUGUAAGCGAUUUGGUAGAGUAUACCAUUUUCUGUGUUUUGAAAUUUUGAUAUGCCCAAGCUUAUUUGGAUUUAUUACAUCUAACCAUUUUGCUUAUUCCUUGGAUUUUAUGAUAUAAUUAUUCAAUUAAAUUGCUGGUAUAAGUCAAUUUUGAGAAAACAUACCUCGCAAAUUUUUACAAGUAGAAAAAAUUAUCUACUUUAUUUUUACAUUAGGCUUAGUAAACCAGUUCCCAAACACAGUCAGACUCUCCCCAUUGUCAUCUGAUAGCAGAGAGGCACCACAGCUUGUUUCUAGGGAAAGCUUCAACAGUCUAGGGUCAAGAUAUAUCAUUUUUUGUUUUGUUGUUGUCUGUUUUCCCCACGGUUUUGUUGGAGUUUUGUUUGUUUUGUGUUUUCUUUUUGAGUCGGGUCUUGCUCUGUUGCCCCUGCUCAUGCAUAGUGCACCAUAACCUCAAGUCACUAUCUUCAAGUGAUCCUCCUGCUUUGGCCUCCCAAAGUGCUGGACUUAGAGGCAUGUUCCUCUGUACCUGGCCUUUUUUUCUUUUAAAUUCAGAACAUAUAUCUGAUGUCUGAAAUUUAAUUUUAGUUUCUCUUUCCUUUCCUACAAUUGGGGAAGUAUGGCUCAUUCUAACAUUAUUUUCAGGCUGUUCUUAAAUGUACAAUUUGUUGUAAAUUCUCUUUAAGACAACUAACAUACCUAAGAAAAUUCUUGCAGCUGAAAAUGUAUUUGCCCCUUGCCUUAAAAAGGACACGAGUUGGGGGCAGUGCCUGUGGCUCAAGGAGUAGGGCACCGGUCCCAUAUGCCGGAGGUGGCGGGUUCAAACCCAGCCCCGGCCACAAACCAAAAAAAAAAAGGACACGAGUUGGCUUACACAUUGCACCUUGUAAAAAGAGAGUUUUUAAGACUGGUCUCUCAUUCAUUACACAAUACUUAUUGAGUACUUACAUUGUACAUGGAAUAAAACAAUCGAUAAAGAAUUAACC